UUUUUUUUUUUUUUUUUUUCUCUCUUCGCCUUCUCCGCUGUGUACCCGGGGGGGGUGGGGGGGUGAGAGGAGCAGGAUCGGUGCCUCCGCCUCUUGGCUGCCGCAAGCUUCCUCCUCUCUCGCCCCGCGCUCCUCAUGCAGCCGGGGACGGCGCCGGGUUGCGGCGGAGCAGGGGGGAGCGGGGCGGGGGAUGCUCCCCCUGCACCGGCAGCACCGGAGGCAUCGCGGCCGGGUCAAACUUUGCCGCAAGUCGCCCCCUGGUCCCCGCCGUUGUCCCCCCCCCUCCCCGGGCAUCCGCGCCCCGCAGCCGCCCCGGCGAGCAGCAGGACAGCGGCCGGGCCCCCCCUGCCCCUGCCGGCCGCCCUCCGCCGCUCCCUCCCUCCCAUCCCUCCCCCUGGGUUUCUCUUUUAAACUGCAGCUGUUGGAGCUAGCCCUCCUUUGCAGAGCAGCAUUUCCUCCCACGCGGCUGCGGCUUGUGGAUGAAGGUUUUUCUCCCCCAGCUGGAGCUUGGCUGACAGAUCCAGUGCAGGCACAGCCUCUCUACAUGCAAAACCUGCAGCUCUGGGCUGGCUGAGCUGCGAUUCCAGCAACCAGAAAUGCAAAGAAAUGCUCUUGGCAGCAGCAAAGGGACAGAGGAGCGGGUGCUGAGAGGUGUCCGAGGUUGCAGUGGCCUGUGGGGAAGUUGUAAACCCCUGGCACGGAUGUUUUGAGGAGCCCUGCGGCUGGCCUUGCCUGCUGACCAUCACCCAGCCGAGGCCGUGGCUUGCAGAGAGCUCAGCACCGGGACUCCCCAGGGCCUGGCACAAUCCCACAGCACCCAGCCCAGUGCCGUGGGGACCCUUCCUCCUCGCCGAGCCCCGGUGCCAGCUCCGACGGGGCCGCUGCUGGUCGCAGCCACAGCUCGGGGACGCGGCAGCGCCUGUCACCUGCUUUCAGCACCGGAGCCGCGAUGCUGGAUGACACGGCAGAAACGUGUGCGGUUCCGUUCGCGAGAGACUGCAAUGCCAGCAUCCCAGCCGCGGUCCAGGGCGCGAGACAGGAACAAUGUCCUGAACAGGGCUGAGUUCCUCUCCCUGAACCAGCCCCUGAAAGGGACCCAGGAGAGCAGGAGCCAGGGGAGGAAGCAGAGCGGCCAGGCGGGAGCAGCCGGCGCCCAGAACAGCAGCCCCAAGGAGCGGAGGCAGUCGCAGCAGCUGCCCGAAGAGGACUGCAUGCAGCUCAACCCCUCCUUCAAGGGAAUCGCCUUCAACUCCCUGCUGGCCAUCGACAUCUGCAUGUCCAAGCGGCUGGGAGUGUGCGCCAACAGAGCCUCGUCCUGGGGAGGCGCCCGCUCCAUGAUCAACCUCCUGGGGAUAACGGGGCACGGGAUCCCCUGGAUCGCGGGCACGCUCAUCUGCCUGGUGAAGAGCAGCACGCUGGCGGGCCAGGAGGUCCUCAUGAACCUGCUGCUAGCCCUCCUGCUGGACAUCGUGAUCGUGGCGGGCCUGCAGAAGCUGGCCAAGCGCAAGGGCCCGUACGACGUGAGCCCCGGCGUGUUGGACUACCUGACCAUGGACACCUACGCGUUCCCGGCCGGGCACGCCAGCCGGGCAGCCAUGCUCUCCAAAUUCUUCCUCAACCACCUGGUGCUGGCCAUCCCCCUCCGCAUCCUGCUGGUCAUUUGGGCCCUCUGCGUGGGCUUCUCCCGCGUCAUGAUCGGACGGCACCACAUCACCGACGUCCUCUCCGGCUUUGUUUUCGGCUACUUGCAGUUCCGGCUGGUGGAGUUGAUAUGGAUGUCUUCCAACACGUGCCAGAUGUUGAUAUCCAUCUGGUGAACGUGGAGGGCUUGGUGCCUUUGCACUGGGAACUAGCAGAUACGUUCAGAGUCUCCCUCCCAGUAUUUUCUACGUGUUGUUUGUCGGAAACACUUGUCCCUUCCAUGAGUAGUGGCGUUUUUUAAUGUUGCUUCCCCCCCUGGAAAAAAAAUAUAUUCUAGCAAUGGGUCUGGUUGUAGCACCCAAGGGCCGGACCUGUGAUUUCGGCCGUAUUCUCAAACUAUAUUUGGACAGCAACCAAAUUAAGCUUUACAGGUGAGAGAAGCGAGCUAAGUGUCUGCCUUGGGGUGGCUCACAGCAGCACCACGGCACGUCCUCAGCAUGGGCAGCGCCUGAGAGCCUCCUGAGGACACGUUCGGUAACGUUUUUGAGGCUAAAUGAUUUGGGCCGCAGUGCUGCGACUGUGUCCUGUGCAGUCAGGGCACCGCUGGCGUUUCGCAGUUAAUAAAUAAUCCUAAAAAUCC